AUACUUUACAAGUAAUAUUUGAAGCAUUGUUACUUCUUAGGCAGAUUGGUGUAAUUGUGGUAGGUUCAUAGAUAUGAUGGCAGAAAUGGUAAAACUGGUUACUGGGUUGGGACCAAAAUGUGACAGUGCUAACCAAAACGGUUUAAGCAGGUUAUGUUAGGAGAAGUUGGAGGAUGUCAAAAUGUCCUGGGAAAGAAGUAAAGGCAUAUUUGGGGUACGUAAUCGUAGAUGUGUUACAGCGGUCGGCAAACUUACAUUAAAAUCCGGACGAAUACUUGUAAGUAUGAGGAUGAGACAAGGCCCAUAACAAAACCAGAGAUCGAAAGCUCAUAGACCCUAAAAAGUGUUCACGUAAUUGUUCUACGGAACUUUUUGUAUCGAUUUAUUUGUAAGUUCAUUCAUGUACUUGUGUGAAUUGUAUAGAUCUCAUAAUUUCACUUUAUUCGUCAUUACUUGUUAUGGAUCAUUAGUUCGCAUACACUUUGUUCAAAAAACUGCCGAGACUUACUCAUGUAACAGAUUUUGGCAGCGCGCAAGGAUACAAACAGGUUACUGAGCCAGAGUAUUGUGACCCGUAGUUGGGUCUAGAUUGGAUGGGGAGUGGGAUGUUAUAGUGAUAUCGUGUCCUUGUGAUAUAUAAAGUAAUUUAAAUCUGGUAAGAAAGUUUGUGUAUUUAUAGUUGAGAAUAGAAAUGGAGUGUCCGCAUCUUGCAGUAAGUGUAAAAAUACAAAAUAAUCUCCGCAAAGAAAGCACCGAUGUCACAAAGGAAUGGCAUUGCGCAGUUUGCUCAACAUCACAGGAUCCAUGGUUGUGUCUGCAUUGUGGCAUGGUCAACUGUGGGCGCUACAUCAAGGGCCAUGCUAAAGAUCAUUUUGAACAACACGAUAAUCACACAGUUUGCAUGCAGUGUGUAAACCUGGCAGUAUAUUGCUAUACAUGUGAUGAAUUUGUUGUGAAUGACACCCAGUGUGGGCUUUUGGAGAGGGUGCGGCAGGACUGGUUCCAUGCUGAUGGCAGCAAUCCUACAGAAGACAAUGAAUGUUCUGUAGCAGAUGAUGAGGAUGAUGAUGAUGAUGAUGAUGAACAAGGAUCUUGGAGGUCUGAUUUCCUUAGGAAGGAGAUACAAGAGAACGUACGGACCUUACGACCAAGGUCUAGGAAGAGAUCCCAUUCUGUCGAUAGUAGUAGCAUGGAAAACCGCCAGUAUAAGAGACAGCGUGUUGGGAAACUGAAGAACUCGAGCCCCAAAUCACGGGAGAAGAAAGUUGUAGGUUUAAGAAAUCUAGGAAACACUUGCUUCAUGAAUGCUGUACUUCAGUCAUUAAGCAACAUAGAAGAAUUUUGCUACUAUUUCAAACAACUUCCCUCCUUAGAAAAUGCAAAAAAUAAUGGAAGGAAAGUAUAUCAAUCAAGAAGUCUGAGAGAGAUGAAUGAUGCACUGAUGGCUGAAGAACUCAGGAAGAUUCUUAUUAGUUUAACGCAGGGUGGAUCAAAAGGAGCGAUAUCACCUGAAUCACUGUUCUUAGUCAUCUGGAAGAUAGUACCUCGUUUUAGAGGUUACCAACAACAAGAUGCUCAUGAGUUCCUACGAUACAUGUUGGAUCGACUCCACACCGAACUGCUUCAUCUGCUUCCUGACUUCACGCUCAAAGACAACCCAUACAUUUCUCUUGGUCAUAAGAGUCGAUCUUCAAUAGUGACCAGUGUGUUUGGUGGAACUUUGCAGAGUGAAGUCCGAUGUCUGAAUUGCAGUUCAGAGUCCAAGAAGCAUGAUCCAUUCCUUGAUCUCUCAUUGGACAUACCAGAAAAGUUUCAGCUUCCUAAGAAGACGAAGGAUAAUGAAGAAUCCCUACCGCCUUGCAAUAUAUCUGGUCAGGAAAGAGUUCACUGCCUGACAAGCUUCAUUGAAGUGGAGGAAUUAGCGGAAACUGAAUUAUACUACUGCAACAACUGCAAGAGUAAACAGAGGUCUACUAAGCGAUUUUGGAUUAGAAGACUGCCCAAUGUGCUGUGUCUACAUCUCAAAAGGUUUCGAUGGCAGAAUUCAUUACGCACAAAGAUAGACACGCACAUUUCAUUUCCAGUCACAGCGCUUGAUAUGUCACAGUUUGUCUUAAGCUCAUUACAUGAAACUCGGCGCUCAGGGAUGGGAAGCAAUCUUUAUGACUUAGCAGCUGUCAUUGUCCAUCAUGGUUCAGGGGCGGGAUCUGGUCACUACACAGCAUUUGCAAUCAAUGAUGGUCAGUGGUUCCAUUUCAAUGACAGUACAGUUCGCCCAACAGAAGAUGAGGUUGUGGCCAAAUGCAAGCCAUACAUUCUAUUUUACAUUCGCCGAGAGUUCAGGCUGCCACAUCUGAACUCGUGACAACUUGGACAUAGCACCUGGAAUCAUGCUGCAUCUCAGUGUAGUUAGAGAUUUCCGCAUUUGUGGAGGCUGCAGUUAAGAACUGAGCCUUCUAACUAACUUAACGUCAUAAUACAAAGGUUACGUUAAGUUUGAAGCGUACUUCUGGGAUACAUUUAUUUUAUGAGGGGUUGCUGUGCUUUGUAUAGAUGGAAAUUUAAAAAAAAAAAAAUCUUAUGCAUUCCUUAUUUGCUGGUAUUUUCUAAUUUUGUUUUCACUAGGAAAUUUGAAUUUCAGACAUUUUAUAUAGCAUAAAUUUCUGACAUUGUAAUCAAUUUAUUAAUUUGAAUAUGAUGUAAAAUGAAUGUUUCUGUGGUGUAAUUUUACAUAUACAGAAAGGUUCAUUCCUUCUGUUUACCUUUAUUACUGCCUGAUCAUUGAGCUAGAUGAUGAUGACCACUGGGUUUCGUCUCUCAAAUUAUAAUAUAUCAGAUACUGCACAAUCCAAUUGGAAGUUCUGUUUAGCUAGAAAACUACUUAACUGUUACUACAAUACCUGCCUAAAAUGGCAUCUUCUAGCACUGAACCCAUUUCACACUGGCUAACAAAUUCUGUGACACGUGUUAAGUGUCAUGUUUCAUGAUUUCUAGGCUAACAUUCUGAAUGUCAGUCUGUAAAACAUCAAGAGUAAUGAUUAUUUCUGUAGACCUUCAUUUUCAAGUUUCUCUUGAGGUACAAAACCAUACACAUUCAGUUCCAGAGAACAUGACAGCAUGAGUCAUGUGUCACUGUAGCCAUCCUCAAGAUUGGCAGCAUAAGUCAUUACAAGUUUGUUGGAUUUGAGGCUGUCACAUCAGUGACUGUGAAGAGUAUGUCAUCUGGGUUCCCACCAUAUAUAGUUCAGAGGAUGUUCAACAUUUCAGGGGAAGAUAUCACUUCCAUCUUCACAGUUGAACAGUAAGCCAAGCAAGAAUCCAGCAGGAGCAGAUAGUAUGCAGGAACAUAAGGUGAUGAACAAAUGAUUGUUAGAGCACAGUUUCCUUCAUUUUACCUAGGUACAGGUAUGUGUGGUUUUUGUCUUGGAGGAAAUUUUAAAGUCUUCAGAAAUAAUGAGUGCAUUUUGCCACACCAUAGUUCAGGUGGUUAGUCACUGGCUUCCCACCAUGGCAGCCUGGGUAGAACCCAGGUCUGGUGAUAUGGGAUUU